AUUCCAGACAUUACCGCUCUGUGUUGACAACAGCAUGUUAGCAACCAGCAGGCAGCCAGCAGGGCGAAAUGAUCUCCAACCAGCCACUGUUACUGCAGCAAACGCUACUACGAUUCAUCCACACUCUUCUAAGAUGUCAUUUAGCUAGCUAGCUGAAUAAAUACACGUCUCCUGGUCGUCCUCUGUCACGUCUCAGGCCGGAGUGGGGAGGAAAUGGCCCAUCUGAGUGUCCGCCGCUGGACGCCCAAACACGUCGCCAAGUGGCUGAGGGAAGAGGGCUUCUGCGACUAUGUGGACCUGCUGUGCAACAAGCACCGGCUGGACGGCACCAGCCUGCUCGCCCUCAGCGAGUACGACCUCCGCUCGCCCCCCCUGGAGCUCAAGGUGCUGGGGGACAUCAAGCGGCUGAUGGUGUCCAUCCGCAAGCUGCAGAAACAGAACAUUGAUGUGUUGGAGGAGCUGGGUCUUCCCUUCGAUGGCCACUCUCCUACUGGCUCCGGAGGCAGUUUGGACUGGCUGUGUAACGGAGAACCGGGCAGAGACUGUGACAGCACUGACACGGCACCGGUGGGAGAGGAGUACCACCAGUACACUAAUGGGAAGUACAAGAACCAGCAGACGAGGCGCCUGGAUCCAGAGUACUGGAAGACAGUGCUCAGCUCCAUCUAUGUGGUGUUUGUGUUCGGGUUCACGUCCUUCGUCAUGGUCAUAGUGCAUGAGAGGGUGCCUGACAUGCGCACAUACCCUCCACUGCCAGAUAUUUUCCUAGACAGUGUGCCUAGAAUACCUUGGGCCUUUGCCAUGGCUGAAGCAUGCGGAGUGAUCCUCUGUAAUAUCUGGGUGCUGGUUCUGCUGCUCCAUAAACACAGGUCCAUCCUCUUGCGGCGCAUGUGCAGCCUCAUGGGGACGGUGUUCAUGCUGCGCUGCAUCACCAUGUUCGUCACCUCCCUGUCUGUGCCGGGACAGCACCUGCAAUGCUCAGGAAAGAUGUACGGUGACAUGUGGGCCAAACUGCAGCGAGCCGUGGCCAUCUGGAGCGGUUUUGGGAUGACCCUGACAGGAGUGCAUACGUGUGGCGACUACAUGUUCAGCGGCCACACCGUGGUCAUUACCUUGCUCAACUUCUUUGUCACAGAGUACACCCCACGAAGCUGGAACUUCAUUCACACGUUGUCCUGGGUCUUGAAUCUCUUCGGCAUCUUCUUCAUCUUGGCCGCGCACGAACACUACUCCAUCGACGUGUUCAUAGCGUUCUACAUCACUACCAGACUCUUCCUCUACUACCACACUCUCGCCAACACCCGGGCCUACCAGCAGAGUCGGCGAGCUCGCAUCUGGUUCCCCAUGUUCUCCUUCUUUGAGUGCAAUGUGAACGGACCCGUCCCCAACGAGUACUGCUGGCCCUUUUCUAGACCGGCUGUGAUGAGGAGGCUUAUUGGAUAAUCAGCAGCAGCAGCGAUACUGUGAGACACCACUUAGCCUGUGCUGUUUAGUCCGCUUUGUCAAGUUGCCAACCGAGGCGGUGUGUGAUGUCUUCAUCAACAAAGACUACUGUUGUGAUCCUGUUAGCACCGAGGCCUGAUGGGAUACACAGAGCCAUACCUUAUGAUAUUCUGGGACUUCAAAUCUGCCUCCCCCUGUCACCAGUUUCUUAAGGCGCUUUCACAAGCCAUAGUCUGAAUCAGAGUGAGAUUGAUACUUUUGGUUUGUUUUUUAAUUUAGUCUGGUUCAUUUUCACAGUGCACAAAUUAAAGCGGACCAAAUAAAAAAAAAUAUAUUUGCUGAGGGGCGUGUAUGAAGUAGCAAAUUUAUCUUUUUCGUCUCAAGAGCUGCCACUAAUAUGCAGGGACUUUGAAAUAUUCCUGCCAAUGUUUUUUCACUUUGACUCGACACUGAUCUGCCGUGCACAUGAAUCCCUUUUGUGGACUUUAUUUAGCAUAUUCUGAUGUUCUCUUCGGCCCAGAUUUCAAGCAAACAUCGGACUUCUGCAGAAGUCAAGGAAGUCCCUCUCCCACUCAUGUUAACCUGUCGUUUACCCGUGUCCAUCUCAACAAAUGCGCGCACAGGCUGCUUGCCUCUCACUUGCGAGAGGUGGUCUUCUCUUCGGUUGUUUUGUUCCACACCAGAGUACGACUACUGCGUUCACAACUGCCCAAACGAACCGCUCCAGAGUUCAAUUAAAUCACUAAAUGUUGGCUUGUGAAAGCGCCCUUAAAAGCCCCAUCAUCACUCUUUGCUUGAAAAGUGAAUGUGUCUCAUUUAUUAGUUGCUUAUUUCUCCUCUAAAGGGAUAUCAUUUUAUGUAGCGUGAACCUCAUUUUUCAAGACCUCCCAACUUAAAGAGGGAAGUGUGUUAAAGUAUUUGGAUUAAAAAGGAAGCCACAUUAUAGAUAUUCUCAGGCAGCAGUGUCCCUAAUCCUUAGCAGCAGUUUGCUAUUUUCUGUGCAGUUAAAAAUACCUGAUCAUUUCAAGGUUUUGGAUCUGAAUUCUUGACUGAAAGUUUUGUCUUACCUCCCACUUUGUAAUUUAUUAAAACGUAACUCUAUGGACCACUGUCGAAGCAAUAUGUAAAGAUCUACAUUAUGCUUUUCUCUGCAUAGCAAAAUGUUCAUCAUGUUGAGAAACAGGUGUUACUUCUUUGCCAUUGGUUAGACGUCUUAUUCAUUCCUUGAAAUAAUGCUUACGUGUUGACAAUGUUACUGAAUGUUGACACAGUAAUUCAUUGAAAGAUUCAGUAGAGUAUGAUAAUGUCAUUAUCAGCCAAAAACAUGGAAUCAGAGAUUUAUUUCCAGCUGUCUUAAAUAUAAUUCCAAUUGCCAAUUACCUUGAGUGUUAUGAUUCUCUGUGUAGAAAUGUCCCAUAUUUCAUGUUUACUGUUUGAUAGCUGUAUAGUGCUUUUUUUUAAUCACCAUACAGUGUAAAUGCUAAUAAUCCUGACAUUAACCUGUAGUAAUAGUUCUUAAAAAGAAUCCUUAAAUUUGUAUGUAUUUGUUUAUAUUAAUUUAUUUCAUUUUGUAACAGUCAAUAGGUAUUUUUAUAUUUCAUAUACAGUGUUACAGCAACAUGCACAUGAAGAAAAAUGUUUACAGUUGCUUUUAACUAUGUAUUUAUUUGAAACACAAUGUGCUUUUAAAGUGUAAUGUUGAUUUCAGAUUGGCCUCUUCAUUUCAUUGAGUGAAACCUGCCACUGUAGAAGGAGAGACGAUGAAAUCGAUGUGGUCUUUGCAGCAUGUUAGAAACGUGGUUAUUAUUCUAAAUGGAGUUGACAGUGUUCAUGCGAAGCCACAUCACUCGUUUCAUGUCUCGUUCAGUCAUUUCCAUCAUUAAAGAGCUGAAAUCAAAGAA